GAAUAUGUAAAACCCCUUAACAAUAGUCACACUUACUACUACCUUCAACACCACAUGGCCAACCACUAUCAACACCCUCAUCCCUCCCAUGACCAAAACCAAACUAUCACCCCAGCUAUGAUGAUGAUGAAACCAUCCCAUGACGUGGUCGUGGUGUUCGUCCCCUUGCCGGCGCAAGGCCACAUCAACCAACUCCUCCACCUCUCCCGCCUCGUCGCCGCCUACGACAUCCCCGUCCACGUCGUCGGCACCGCCAUCCACAACCACCAAGCCAAGGCUCGAGUCCAAGGAUGGGAUCCAAACACGAUCCCAAACAUUCAAUUCCAUGACUUCACUGUCCCACCUUUCCCCUCCCCACCUCCCAACCCCUCUAACCAACACAACUUCCCUUCUCACCUCCUUCCUUGCUUCCACGCCACUCGCCACCUCCGCCAGCCCACGGCAGCUCUCCUCCGCCGCCUUUCCUCUCAAACCCGACGAGUUGUCGUAAUCCACGACUCUCUCAUGGCGUCCGUGGUCCAGGACGUUGUCUGCAUACAAAACGCCGAGUCGUACACGUUCCAUAGCAUCUCGGCCUUCGCCAUCUUCUUGUUCUACUGCGACGGAAUGGGGAAAACGACGUCGUUGCUGGAAAUGGAUGACAGUGUUAAGUACAUCCCGAACGACGUUCCUUCACUUCAAGGGUGUAUGAACUCGGAGAUCUUGGACUUCAUUGCUGCACAGUACGAGUUCAAUAAGCUCAACUCGGGGAAUCUCUACAACACGAGUCGUAUGUUGGAGAGACCGUACAUGAAUUUUCUGGCUAGGAUUCUGCCAAACAAGAAGCACUGGGCUGUUGGGCCGUUCAAUCCGGUGUCGUUUUUGGAUAAAAAAAUGCCCAACGACAGGCACGUGAGUUUAAAGUGGCUAGAUAACCAAGACCCGAGGUCAGUCAUUUAUGUGUCGUUUGGGACCACUACUGCUUUCACAGACGAGCAAAUCAAAGAAUUGGCUUUCGGAUUAGAACAAAGUAACCAAAAGUUCAUUUGGGUACUUAGAGAAGCCGAUAAAGGUAAUGUUUUUGACAAAAACCAAGUGAAAAAAUUAGAACUCCCUAAAGGGUACGAGGACAGAGUCAGACAUAUGGGGAUGGUUGUUAGAGAGUGGGCGCCCCAGUUGGAGAUUUUGGGGCACUCUUCGACAGGUGGGUUCUUGAGCCACUGUGGGUGGAACUCGUGCGUGGAGAGCAUAACUAUGGGAGUGCCCAUUGGGGCGUGGCCCAUGCACUCUGACCAACCGAGAAACGCGGUUCUAGUAACUAAAUUGUUGAGGAUUGGUACUGUUAUUAGGGAGUGGUCCCACCGUGAUGACGUUGCGAGAGCUGACACGGUGGCGCGUGGGGUCAGGAAAUUGAUGGCGUCGGAAGAAGGGAAUGAGAUGAGGAAAAGAGCAGAGGAGCUUGGUGGGGCCCUGCGGCGGUCCAUGGCGGAAGGUGGAAGUUCUCGGAAGGAGUUGGAUUGUUUCAUUGCCCAUAUUUCUAGGUAGUAUAUUAGAUUUUGAUCACGUUACACUCGCAAGGACAGCUGUAGAACAUGAAUAUUAUUAUUAAGUAUUGUUUUGAAUAUGCAAGAAUGAAAGGGGAUCUCUACUCUCUAUAGUAUGAAAUUCUUGUACUAGAUUUGGAAUUAUGUGUGAAUCCAAUCUCACCCAUGUCAAUAAAUAUUUAUAUAUUUUUGUCAUUA